AUGGAGACCACAAACACAAACCAAUACAAGGGCUCUUCAGACUCGCCCGAACCCAAGAACUAUGUGUCCGAUGUCCACGUCGGCGAUGCGGAAAACUAUGGGGUGGAGGAGGACGACCAUCACCAUCUCCGCCGAGGGCUCCAGUCGAGGCAGAUUACGAUGAUCGCUAUCGGAGGAGCGAUUGGUACUGGUCUCAUUAUCGGCACUGGAAAGUCUCUCGCCCAGGCCGGGCCCGCGCCCUUGUUUAUCGGAUAUACCCUCGUUGGCUUUCUCUGCUUCUUGGUGAUGGCUGCAUUGGGCGAGAUGGCUUGCUGGCUACCUCUCCCCUCUGGCUUCACCGGUUAUGCAACUAGAUUCGUGGAUCCGGCCCUGGGAUUCUGUCUCGGCUGGAAUUACUGGUUCAAGUACAUUAUUGUUACGCCAAACAAUCUCACAGCUGCCUCUCUUGUCAUUCAAUACUGGGUCCCUCGGGAGAAGGUCAAUCCUGGGGUCUUUAUCGCAGUCUUUUUGGUUGCUGUCGUGGCCAUCAACUACUUCGGUGUCAAAUUCUUCGGAGAAUUCGAAUUCUACCUCUCCAGUAUCAAGGUCAUGGUCAUUAUCGGCUUGAUCCUUCUGAGUUUGAUUCUUGCCUGUGGCGGAGGACCGAAUCACCAUGCUACUGGUUUCGAGUAUUGGAAGAAUCCUGGCGCGUUCCAUGAGUAUAUUCUUACUGGAAGCGCAGGACGGUUCCUCGCAGUCUGGUCGACCUUCACCACCGCCGUCUUCGCCUAUCUGGGGACGGAGUUGGUUGGUGUGACCGUUGGUGAAGCUGCCAACCCAAGAAAGGUUAUCCCAAGGGCCAUCAAGCUUACUUUCUACCGUAUCCUCCUCUUUUACGUGGUCUUGGUCUUCCUUCUCGGCAUGCUUGUUCCAUACAACUCGACGGAACUGAUCGACAGUAACAGCAACAAAAAUUCCAACACAGCUUCCGCCUCACCAUUCGUCGUGGCCAUCAAGCUCAGCGGCAUCCAGACCUUGCCCGGGAUUUUCAACGCCUGCGUCCUGCUCUUCGUCUUCUCAGCUGCAAACUCGGAUUUAUACAUCGCAUCAAGAACCCUUUUCGGACUCGCUCAUGAGAAGAAAGCGCCCAAGAUCUUUGCGUAUACUGACAAGAAGGGCGUUCCUAUCUUCGCCCUCGGCCUCUCCGUCGCAUUCUGUCUUCUGGCAUUCCUUGGCGUCAACACAUCGUCCUACACGGUAUUUGGCUACUUCGUCAACCUCGUCACGAUGUUCGGUCUGCUCACCUGGAUCUCGCUCCUCAUCUCGCACAUCUGCUUCGUUCGGGCGCGUCGCGCGCAGAACAUCCCUGACUCUGCCUUGGCAUAUGUAGCGCCCCUUGGCAUGUGGGGAUCCGCUGGCGCACUAGUGUUCAGCAUCCUUAUUGCCUUCUUCAAAGGGUUCGCGCUGUUCUGCUACAAGAUAACGGCCAAGAAGGGAACCACUCCGGUGUUUGAUUGGCGCACGUUCCUGACCACUUAUCUCGGUAUCCCUCUGUACUUCGCCAUGUUUAUCGGAUAUAAGUUCUACAUGAAGUCAGAGAUGGUUAGACCUGAGACAGCAGAUCUGUACAGUGGAAAGGCCAGAAUUGAUGCGGAGGAGGCUGAGUUCAUCGCCCAGCAGGCUGCUCGGAAGGGCGGUCCUGAGACCAAGGCUGCGAGGAUCUACCGCCUUACUUUGGGAUGGCUGUUCUGA